AUGGAGAAAACAGAUGGUCGUGACCAGCACGUCGAAGGGUCGUGGGCCGGCAGCCCACGAGGGAUGGAGGCUGGCACGAACGAGAAUCUCCGCGUCGGCUAUGGGGAGAUGCAUCUUUCUGAGGUGCAUAGUCAGUAUCUUCUCGCUCGGCAUGGUACGCUAGAUCUCGAUCCCAUCCCAGACAUGAGCGAUGCCGAUCCGUACAAUUGGCCGCGAUGGAGAAAAGUGAUUAACCUGGCCCUGAUCGCUUUCCACGCCAUGAUGAGUACCUUUACAGCCGCCGCAAUCCUGUCGGCCUUUGUCAACAUCUCCACGGAUCUGCACAUCAGCUUGCAGCGCACCAGUUAUUUGGUCUCGCUGUUCAUUGCCAUCCUCGGUGGGGCGCCCUUAUUCUGGCGUCCGCUGUGCAACCGAUUUGGACGCCGUCCAAUCUUCCUGAUUUCGCUCGUCUGUAGUCUGGUCGGUAACGUGGGCUGCGCGAAGAGCCCCUCAUACGCCACGAUGGGUCUUUGUCGUGCUAUUACUGCCUUUUUCAUUAGCCCUGCUGCGGCCAUGGGGAGCGCUGUGGUCGCCGAGACUUUCUUCAAGAAAAAUCGAGCGCAUUGCAUGGGCAUCUGGACGCUGAUGGUGACCUUAGGUGUGCCGGCCGCGCCCUUCAUCUUUGGGUUUGUGGCGUUGCGUGUUGGAUACCGCUGGAUCUACUGGACCCUAGCCAUUGUCAACGCCGUGCAGUUCAUCCUCUACUUCGUCCUCGGGUCGGAGUCGCUCUACAUGCGCAAGGACAAUAGUGGCCAGCAGGUCACCAACGUGAAACAGAGUCUCUUCAAGUUCUCACGGAUUGACCCGACUCCUUUAAAAUUCUGGGACUUCUUCCAGCCCCUUACCUACGUGAUAAAGCCCUGCGUGUUAAUUCCAGCUGCGGCAUACGCCAUGAUCUUCCUGUGGGGCAGUGUGAUGCUCACUAUUGAGAUCCCUCAGGUCUAUCCUAAAAAAUUCGGAUUGAACACGCAGGAAGUCGGUCUGAACUUCCUGGGGCUGAUCAUCGGAUCUGUCAUUGGCGAGCAGGUCGGCGGCUUCAUUUCCGACCGCUGGAUGUUGCUGCGCGCCAAACACACCAACCAUCCUCCGGCACCGGAAUACCGUCUAUGGCUAAGCUAUAUUGGGCAUGCAUUAACCAUUUGUGGCAUUGUUGUUUUCACGAUCCAGUUGCGCGAUUCUGGUGAUAAAUGGGAUAUCACCCCUAUAGUGGGGUCGGCUAUCGCUGCCGCCGGCAAUCAAAUUGUCACCACCGUCAACAUCACCUAUGCAGUGGAUUGUUACCGUGAGGAUGCUGCGAGUGUUGGCGUGUUCAUUACCUUCGUCCGUCAACUGUGGGGAUUCAUUGGUCCUUUCUGGUUCCCACAGAUGUUUGAGAACUGCGGCUGGGCUGGUGGUGCAGGUAUUGCUGUUGGACUAAUGGUUGGUGUUAGCGUCGUCCCAACUGUGCUGGUGCAGUGGCGUGGCGCGGCGUGGCGUUGA